CCUAUGUCUCUCACGAGACUUGAACCCUCGACCUCAAGGAGGGAGGGCAACACCGGAUACCGCUAGAAGCCCCUUUGGAUCAGCCCUCAUCAGCCCCUGUUCCGUCACGAGAGAGAGUUUUUGGUUCGUAACGUCUCUUGGUGUUUUUCGAGGCACAUCUUCCGUGGGAUUUUGGAUUUUAAUCAUUCAUUUGAUUUGGGAAUAACUGCUUCUCAUCUGCUCCAUUUCAUCAAGGAAAUCUUGGUGAAGUUGAUAAGAAUCACAGAAGAUGUACGUGAAGGCGACACCGACGACGGAUCUGAACAGAAACACCGACUGGUUCACGUACCCAGGAGUAUGGACAACCUACAUCUUCAUCUUGUUCUUUUCAUGGCUUCUCAUUCUCUCCGUUUCUGGUUGCACCCCUGGCAUGGCUUGGACCAUUGUUAAUCUCUCCCACUUCCUCGUCACUUAUCACUUUUUCCAUUGGAUGAAAGGGACUCCAUUUGCAGAAGACCAAGGGAUUUACAACAGGCUGACAUGGUGGGAACAGAUCGACAAUGGAAAACAGCUGACUAGAAACAGAAAGUUUUUAACAGUCGUUCCUGUUGUUCUGUAUUUGAUAGCUUCACACACUACAGAUUACCAACACCCGAUGCUGUUUUUAAACACAGUUGCUGUGAUUGUGCUUGUUAUUGCCAAGUUCCCUAAUAUGCAUAAAGUCAGAAUCUUUGGGAUUAAUGGAGAUAUUACUCGUACUCCAAAACCAGUAACCGAGGCUCCGAGAGUCGAUGUAAAACCAGACGCUUCGGAGGAGCACCGAUUAGAAAUGGGCACAGUAACAGCGCCAUGGAAACAGCUUCUUCUCAACGCACUGCAGUCCAAUUCCCACCUUCGCCACUCUUCCUAUCUUCAAUUCGCAACAAUAGGAUCCAAUGGAAGACCUGCUAAUCGCACCGUUGUUUUCAGGGGAUUUGCAGAUACUAGCAAUAAAAUUCAAAUUAACACGGACUGCAGAAGUCACAAGAUUGAAGAUCUUAAACAAUGCCCAUUUGCUGAAAUUUGUUGGUAUUUCACUGAUUCGUGGGAACAAUUCCGGAUCAAUGGUAAAGUCGAUGUCAUUGAUGGAUCAAACCCUGACCCCAUGAAACUUCAGCAAAGAGAGAAAGCUUGGUUUGCUAGUUCACCAAAAUCCAGGCUCCAGUAUCUGGGACCAAGUCCAGGGCUUCCUUCUUUAGGUGAUCAGCCAACGGAGGUGUCAACUUCAUUGGACCCUUCAGCUGGACCUGUUUCAGCUUAUUGCUUGCUCCUUCUUGACCCUGAUCAGGUUGAUUAUGUGAAUUUGAAGAGUAACGAGAGGAUAGCCUUCUCUAGGAAGAACAUCAAUGAAGAGAGUUCUUGGAGUUCAGACAGAGUCAACCCAUGAUCUUUAUCAACUGUCACUGUGAUGUAUAAGUUAUAAGUUAUAACACGUUCAUCUUCAUGAUCUGAAUAAAAUAAAAAGGUAAAGGAGCGGGUAAUGUGACGCUAUUUGGUGUGGCGCCUAUGUAUUGGAAGUAUGCGAUUGAUGUUAUGUUUUGAAAUGCAACAUUUUGGGCUGACAUGUAGGGGCCCAUGGCCAUGGAAUAUCUUCCUAUUUUCUGAUUGGCUGUGACUAGGACAUUUAGGGUGUGACCUGGCCCUAACAUGACUCGAUCUGUGGUGAAUGGUUUUGUGUAUUCUCCAUCUGCUUCAACUAUGGUUAACUUAUGGUUAGCAAUUGUGAAGAAACUUUCCAUGUUUAGAAGAGCACCAAUUAUUCUUAACAUGUAGGUUUUCCCGGGUACUACAUCAAUCUUGUACACAUCUGUUGAAAAAAAUAUAUUAAUUCAACGUGUUUCUAUGGGGAAAAUGCAAGAAAUAGCAAUUACCAUUUGUUGAGCAGUUGUAGUUGGGGCCCGGAUGACCAUUGAUGGUGUAAGCAUCCGCCACCGGAGCACCACCACCACUAGCUGUGACAUUCCUCUCAAGUUGCACAAGAUCCCAAUUCCAAUACUCACCUUCAAGAAAAAAAAAAUGUAAAUAACUAAAAGUGAUACUUUUAAAUUUUAAUUUUGACUUGUUUACUAUUUUGUAUAAAAAUGAAAAAUCACUGACCUAAGAUAAUGGUGUGCUCUUCGUAAGGAGAUUUAAAAGGGUAGGGGACUCCUUUUCUAGGGUAGAUGAUGAUUGCACCAUAAACAGUUGCUCUAAGCCAUGAAAAAUGAGCAUGCCAGAAAAGGGUACCCUUUUGUUUGACCAAAGUAAACUCAUACGUAAAUGUUUGACCCGAUUGAACAGGACACUGAGUGAUAUAAGAAGGUCCAUCUGACCAACAAGUAAGAAUCUGUCUCACACCAUGCCUGAUAUAAAUAUUUCAAUCAUUAACGUAAAUUAGAUUUUUUAUAUGUAUGUAAAAAAAAAAAGAUAAUGAGAUUUAAAAAAAAAAAAAGUAUACCAGUGAAUUGUGGCAUUGUAUGGUGUCUCAUUUGUGAGUUUCACGAUAAUUCUGUCAUCUUCUUGGGCGUACACAACUGGUCCAGGGUACAUCUGGUUAAUGGUUACUAUUUCUCUCGUUUGACAAAGUUUGUUGACUUUUAACAUUUGUACCUAAUAAACAUAAUUUUUAAUUAUCAAAAUCAGUUAAAUUCAAAAAAACAGAAAAGAGAAUCAUAAAUAAAAUUAGAAAUUGAAAUAGGAAUAGAAAGAAAGACCUUGAAGUCGUAGUAUCUUGUUGAUCCACCUUUAGGCCAUUGGGACAUGACAUGAAGCAUGUUAUGAGCAAAAAUACAAUGAAAUAAUAAGCUUAUUAGGCCAUGCUUUGAAGAAUUGGCCAUUUUUGCUUACACUUUGAGAGAAGAAUGUGUAAAGAAGAAGUGAGAAAAUGAUAGAAGGGAGGGGGGGCUUUUUAAUGCUUCACCAAAGGUUCUUUUUAUUUUUUAUUUUUAUUUUUAUGGAAAAUAUUUUUUAGUAAAAGUUGGAAGAAGGAGAAAAAAAGGAUUUAUGAAGGUGUAUUACGUUUGUCAGCUUUCAUGAUUCACUUUACUUUUGGAUUUCUAAUAAUAAGUUGUUGGGAGAUGUUUUCUCUUCACUCUUUACUUCACUCACACCUUCUUCAAACAUACUAUAUUACAAUUUUGGUCCUUUAGUAAUACCUGAUUUUUCCAAUUUUGAUCCCAAAUAGUUUUUUCUUGCA